CAUACAAACAACCCCAGUGUCUACCACGUACAACAAAUCCAGUAUAAACUCUACAACCCCGGUGUCUAACCAGUCCCACAAUUCCAGUACAAACACUACAAACCCGGUGUCUACCAUGUCCAACAAUUCCAGUACAAACACUACAACCCCAGUGUCUACCAAGUCCCAAAUAUCUAAUACCAUACAAACAACCCCAGUGUCUACCACGUACAACAAAUCUAGUACAAACACAACAAGCCCAGUGUCUACAAUGUCUCACAAAUCUAGUACAAACACUACUACCCCAAUGUCUAACCAGUCCCACAAUUCCAGUGCAAACACUGCAACCCCGGUGUCUACCAUGUCCAACAAAUCUGGUACAAACACCAUAACACCGGUGUCUACCAUAUCUCACAAAUCUAGAACAAACACUACAACCCCGGUGUCUACCAUGUUCGACAAAUCUAGUACAAACACAAUAACCCCAGUGUCUACAAUGUCCCACAAAUCCAGUAUAAACUCUACAACCCCGAUGUCUAACCAGUCCCACAAUUCCAGUACAAACACUACAACCCCAGUGUCUACCAAGUCCCAAAUAUAUUAUACCAUACCAACAACCCCAAUGUCUACCACGUACAACAAAUCCAGUAUAAACUCUACAACCCCGAUGUCUAACCAGUCCCACAAUUCCAGUACAAACACUACAACCCCGGUGUCUACCAUGUCCAACAAAUCUGGUACAAACACUAUAACACCGGUGUCUACCAUAUCUCACAAAUCUAGAAAAAACACUACAACCCCGGUGUCUACCAUGUUCGACAAAUCUAGUACAAACACAAUAACCCAAGCCUCUACAACGUCUCACAAAUCUAGUACAAACACAAUAACCCCAGUGUCUACAAUGUCCCUCAAAUCCAGUACAAACACUACAACCUCAGUGUUAACCACGUCCAACAAAUCUAGUACAAACACAACAAGCCCAGUGUCUACAAUGUCUCACAAAUCUAGUACAAACACUACAACCCCGGUGUCUACCACGUCCAUCAAAGCUGGUACAAACACUACGACCCCAGUGUCUACCAGGUCCAACAAAUCUAAUAUACAAACUACAAUCCCAGUGUCUACCACAUCCAUCAAAUCUGGUACAAACACUUCGACCCCAGUGUCUAACAAGUCUCACAAAUCUUGUACAAACACUACAACACCGGUGUCUACCGUGUCCUACAAAUCUGGUACAAACACUACAACCCCAAUGUCUAACAAGUCUCACAAAUCUAGUACAAACACUACAUCACCGGUGUCUACAUUGUGUCACAAAUCUGGUACAAACAUUACAACCCCAGUGUCUAACAAGUCUCACAAAUAUAGUACAAACACUACAACACCGGUGUAUACCGUGUCCAACAAAUCUGGUACAAACACUACAACCCCAGUGUCUACCACGUCCAUCAAAGCUGGUACAAACACGACGACCCCGGUGUCUACCGUGUCCCACAAACCUGGUACAAACACUACAACCCCAGUGUCUACAAUGUCCAUCAAAGCUGGUACAAACACUACGACCCCGGUGUAUACCGUGGCCAACAAAUCUGGUACAAACACUACAACCCCAGUGUCUACCACGUCCAUCAAAUCUGGUACAAACACUACGACCCCGGUGUCUACCGUGUCCCACAAAUCCAGUACAAACACUACAACCCUAGUGUCUAACAAGUUCCAUAAAUCUAGUACACACACUACAACCCCAUCGUCUAACAAGUCCCACAAAUUUAGUACAAACACAACAACCCAGGUGUCUACCAAGUCCCACAAAUCCAGGACAAACACAACAACCCUAGUGUCUACCAUGUCCCACAAAUCUAGUACAAACACUACAACCCCAGGGUCUAAUAAGUUCCACAAAUCUAGUACAAACACACCAGCCCCAGUGUCAACCACGGGAAACAAAUCCAGUACAAACACUACAACCCCAUCGUCUAACAAGUACCACAAAUCUAGUACAAACACAACAACCCCAGUGUCUACCAUGUCCCACAAAUCCAGUACAAACACAACAACCCUAGUGUCUACCAUGUCCCACAAAUCUAGUACAAACACUACAACCCCAGUGUCUAACAAGUCCCACAAAUUUAGUACAAACACAACAACCCUAGUGUCUACCAUGUCCCACAAAUCCAGUACAAUCACUACAACCCCGGUGUCUACCACGUCAAUCAAAUUUAGUACAAUCCCAGUGUCUACCACAUCCAUCAAAUCUGGUACAAACACUACAACCCCUGUGUCUACCAUGUCCAACAAAUCUGGAACAAACAUUACAACGCCAGUGUCUAUAAUGUCCCACAAAUCUAGUACAAACACACUAACCCAAGUGUAUACCACAGCAAACACAUCCAGUACAAACUCUACAACCCCAGUGUCUACCAUGUCCAACAAAUAUGGUACAAACUCUACUACCCAAGUGUCUACCAUGUCCCACAAAGCUAGUACAAACCCUACAACCAAAGUGUCUACCAUGUCCAACAAAUCUAGUUUCAUAAAAUCUUUCUCCAAGUCAAGAGCUGCUUCCACGAGUGCUUUCUCGUUCAUGGACUCUAAUAGUGUACAAGAGAAUGUUCAAGUGACAUGUUCUGAACAAUGUGCUCAUACAUCAUUGAAGCACAUACAGAUCAAUACGAGUACGGCAACAACCGUGUCCUCAAGUAUUCGACCAAAUGUGCUGAAGUCGAAUGAGGUUCAAACCUCUGAUGAAGUCGUCGACAGGGCAGUCUAUAACCAAUGGCAGCGUGAGAAAUGGAACCUGCAUGACAAGAUAGUGACUUCGGUUAUCCUGUGGGGCCAAGGAGUCCAAACGCCAUCAACAUUCCGUAUAGACAUCAAACGCGCAAACGAACCUGAUCUAGAAUUUCUUCUGUUGCAAGUAACCAAUUUGAAAACUCACGCGAUAUUUCAAACAUUUAUCAGAAAUAGUCGUGCCUCUGAGAUCCGUAACUUCAUGUGCCCAUAUGACGUAUUGGAAGCGUCCACAGCAACAGUAACUGUACACGGUGUACGCAUGUCUGGUGUGAACAAUCGUCUUUGGUACACCGUCCUGACUGGAGACAAGAAAACAGUGCUCUUUAGAGAUGGCCUGAAUUACACUGAUCUGAUGAUGACUGCACAACCUAUAAGAACAUACCAAGAUUUUGUAGCAGAUGAUUCGAAAAAGGAAUCCUACCAUGUAACUGUAGUCAGUACCGGCCCACGGCGGUACAUGUUGACAGACCUACAGCACAGGGGCGAACACACGGACGCCUUUAUUAUCACUCUGUAUCAGACUCACCCUCCAGCCGCAUGUAUAAUGAUAUACCACGGUUCAGAAACAACGUAUGAGAUCCCCUUCGAUCUAAACCCCGCCACAGAGUAUAAACUACAGCUGUUCAGAGUCUGCACGAGAUACGUCAUGAAUGACGUGUUUUUUAUUGGAAAUUCACACUCAACCGUAACAACUUUUACUGCACAUAUGACGCAAAAUGAGGUGUUCGAACUUUACAUCAAGGCGACACGUUUCGUUUUAAGAAGACCGCCCAACUAUUUCAAUAUUUCUCAUUUCUAUCGCAAUAAGUCCAAGGAGUACUUUAACAAUAUCAUGAAUACAGAUGGUUUGAUGCACAAGUACGACAAGAACUUCGGAGGAGAUCAGGCCUCCACACUCAACAAACAAGUACAGGGUCUGUUCUUCAGCGCAGCCGUGGACCCGGUGACAUGUUUUCCUCCAGACUUUUCCUUUUUCGGGCCAGUAAGGUUACAUGUCCCCACAUUCGUCCUGUUGAACCGCAACAUGAACAUGUAUUUCUCUGACUUCUACUGUCACUAUUUAAAUCACAAGGUCCAAUUGGUCCUUACGGUCAAGGGCAGUCCGACUGACCACUACUGUAGUGAACGACUCGUGCUGGUUGACCAGACCAACAACCCGUUUCUCAUGAGAUACGGUUUCACUGAAAUUGUCCAAGUAACAAUGAACGUUACAGUAGAAGUAUUCUACACUGAGGACUUACCUGUCGCGGAUUUGCUGUGGUUCGGUAGUGUGUUCUUUACUACAACAAAACAGAUGGGAAACGCUUUGGCCAUGGUAAACGGCAUUCCGAAAAACAGGCACUGUGGCGUAUGUAAUUUGGACUGUUUCCUUCUCGCUCACAAUAUGCUGUAAUGAUUCAGCGGACACGACAUAGUUAUAUUUUGUUUACAUCUGCUAUAUAACUUAACGUUUUAUGCAACAGUAUAGUUUCGCUUUCACUGAGAGAUUUUUUUUAAACAAAAGUGAACUUGCUCAGAAUGAAAAGAAUAUAUAUAUGAGAGCUUCCAGGGCUGAGCAUCCUGGAAAUAGCUUCCCGUACAAUCUGUUGUUCUUACUUAGGGGGUCUUGCAAACAACGCCAUUCUUUUAAUAUACAAAAUAAUAAUCUUGCAUCUGUCAUUCUUAUAUUUAUUCAUAAAUACCUUACUUAAUAUUAUAUUUUUAUCUUUCACCACAAUGUUGCACCAUGCCUCUUACAUUCCAAGACAUCGCAUUUCAUUCUGUAUUGUAUUUUAGAAGAAAAACAUUAGUAAAUAAAGAAAAUAUUGAUCAAAUAAUGAUCCCCAUCUUUGUUUAUUCUAAAAUAUAAAAAAUAAUAUGAAUCUAAUACAUAAACUUAUACCACUAUGUUUUUAAGACCAACUUACAUGAUAUAUACCCCACCUACAGCCCUGAGCAAAAUUAAAAGUCAAAAUAAUUUCGAAAAUACAAAAUGUUGGACAUUGUAUAAGACAUUAGCUACACAAUGUUCGACAUUGUAUAUAUAACACAUGCAAUGCUCUUUUUUUGACAUUAUAUAACUAACCUGCAGACCACAUAUUUUACAUAAAGCCGACUGUCUAUGGGAUAACGUAUUCAUGUUUUAUUUUACUUUAACAACAAGGUUUAAUAAGUUUAGUUUGGUUUAAUUUUGUUUAACGUCCUAU